AUGUGUCUUUGGGGUAGCUUCGGGAAAAUUCCUAGGAUUCAUGGUAUCCCAAAGAGGGAUAAAAGCAAACCCAGAAAAAGUGUGAGCCAUCCUCGACAUGGCGUCACCCAGGACCGUCAAGGAAGUUCAAAAGCUCACAAGAAGAAUAGCAGCUUUGAACAGGUUCGUUUCCAGGGCUAUAGACAAAUGCCUGCCCUUUUUCAAGACCUUGAAGUAGGCGUUUGCCUGGACAGACGAAUGCGAAGUUGCAUUCCAGGAGCUAAAGCGUUACUUGAGCAGUCCACCCCUCCUAAGCCCGUCCAAAGAAGGGGAAAAUUUAUACUUAUACCUGGCAGUGUUAGCCUCGACACGAUCAAAGCGCAAGCUCUAGCGGACUUUAUUGUAGAGUUUACACUUCCAGACGAAGACGGGGUUACCAACGAGGUAGAUAGAUGGAUAAUACAAACUGAUGGUUCGUCAGCUCAGAGGAAGGGGGGAGUAGGGGUCGUCAUAACCACCCCUGACGGAGAAGUGCUUAAAUACGGGGUCCAGCUAAAAUUCCUGGCCACCAACAACGAAUCUAAAUACGAGGGGAUACUGACGGGACUAAGGCUUGGAAAGGCACUUGGUGCCAAAAACCUGUUGAUCCAAAGUGAUUCAAAGCUAGUGAUCGGGCAGAUUAAGGGAGAGUACGAAGCAAAGGAAGAAAAGAUGCAGAAAUACCUCAAGCUGACGAAACAUCUAGCUCAGGAGUUCGAUGUAGUGGAGUUCGUGCAGAUUCCCAGAAGUCAGAAUAUGGGGGCUUACGAAGUCUCGAAGCAAGCAUCAUCAGAAGGGGAGGUUAGCACAAAUUUGGCGAUGGAGGUCCAAAAACACCCCAGUAUUGAAGAAAUUGCAAUGUUCACUAUCCGGAGCACAUACAGCUGGAUGACACCCAUAAUAUCCUACCUCCGGGACGGGCACCUCCCUCAGAACACAGAGGAAACUAAAAAGACCAAGAAGAGGGCGGCCAGGUUCACGAUCCUUAAUGACGCCUUAUACAAGAGAGGCUUCUCUAUGCCUUACUUGAAGUGUGUAGACGAAGAAGAAGCAAGAUACAUCCUGGAAGAAAUCCACGGAGGAAUUUGCGGCGACCACGCUGGCCCUAGAUCCUUGGUGAACAAGGUAGUACGAACAGGAUAUUUUUGGCCAACUAUGCAAGUAGACGCUGUUGAGAUCGUCAAGAGGUGCGAUAAGUACCAACGAUACGGAAAUGUGCAAUGGCUUCCAGCAGAGAGACUGACGACUAUAGCUUCCCCAUGGCUGUUUGCACAAUGGGGAAUAGUCAUCGUCGGCCCACUGCCCCAAGGUAAAGGUCAGGUAAAGUUCCUGCUUGUUGCUAUUGAUUACUUUACAAAGUGGGUUGAGGAAGAGGCUUUAGGAAUGAUUACUGAGGCUCGGAUUCAGAGCUUUGUGUGGAAGAAUAUAAUUUGCAGGUUUGGGAUUCUCUUGACGAUCAUCUCAGAUAAUGGGAGGCAGUUCGACAGCCAAGGCUUCAGAGAAUUCUGUUCAAACCUUGGAAUCAAGAAUUAG